GCUGUAAUAGCAAUCAUUUCUCCUCUCUGGCUGCAUUCUUGCAGUCAUUGAGAAGUACUGAGUAAGCUGUGAUUGGUCACAGCUUGUCACAUGGUACAAGGCUAUUGUGAAUAGCCCUGUACCAUAUUUCACGCGUAGUAAGCAAUGAUGUCAGGAAGUGACAUCUUGCUUACUACUCUGCAUGUGAUCACUGAUUGGCCAAUCUGUGAUCACAUGAUCGGAGGACACAGUGGGCAGCGGAUCGCAGUGCUGCGAUCUCCCAGGGAACGUGCACAAGCAGGGUGCGGGGAGGUCGUUUAU